AUGCAAAGUCAAGUACUUGGUCCUUUGUUAUCUUCUGCAGCUCCAGGCGAAGAGGAUUGUACAGUCGAGAAAAAUCGUAUCUAUCAUGAGAAGAUCUCACGUAAAGUGUCAUGGUAUCGAAACACAUUUGGUGAUACAGCUCCUAUAUCCAAGUUGCCAUUCGAAUCAAUUGAAAAAGAAUUGCCGGUCGUGAUUCCUCCAGAUCUUCGACCGUUAGCUACAAAACGACGCUAUUUGCGUACAAUGCAGUUAGUUGGUGAUCCUGAGGUAAGUGAUGAAGUGGAACGAGAAGUACAAUGUAUCGAAAAAGAAGCUCCUCGUCCAAUUGUGCAUAUGUUGCGGCAUGGAUCAGCAUCUUCAACGCGGCUUGUAUCGGUGAAUCGAGAACGAAAAUUGUUAAAAUCCAUGUCGCAUUCAGGAUUGAUUUUGAAUCAGAAAAGCAGCGCAGAUACACGUGAAAACGUUGAUGUGACUGGCACUUUGUCUUCUAGCCAGAAUGAAGAAAUUAAUGGAAAGAUUGCUACUCUGGAAUGUCAAUCAGCUCAAGAUCUAGUGUUUGACACUGCAAAUCAUCGAGAUUACUUUGGAAAUAGUGCCAAACAAAAGUUUUACGCACAGUACAGGCACCUUUACUCGCGUCCUUAUUUGUUCAUGGAAAGCAAAUGUGUCAAUCACGUUGUUUCUCGUCUUGAACCAGCACACGACGUAUCCACACGAGAGAAUAUAAAUUCCAGAAAGACAUUCGUUCCCAUGUAUCCAACUUCCCUUGAAGUAAAAAAAGUUAAUGAAGAGUUGAAUCCACCACGACAUCUGACUAGAAUCUCAUCAUCAAUAAUACCACACGAAAGUCGCCAGCUACCAGUAUGCGAUAACUUGUCUCCACGAGCACAAUUUCUGGCUUCCUGUGCGGGAGAAUCGCAUGUUAUUGUUCCUUAUCUGAUCCGCUCUAAAAUGUCUAAAAAGUUUGACUUUUCAUUUCAAUCUCUUGGAGAUACAAACAUUGCUACAUUUGCCAGAUCUCUUUCGUAUGACUUGCCAUGUGUCGAAGAGAUUAGUGUACGAGACAAUCGUCUAAGUGAUAACGGAUUAAAUGUGUUGCUAAAAGCUGUGAGUCACGACAACUUGAUACUAAAACUUCGUCAGCUAGACAUUUCGCAGAACAUAAUUGGGUUCAAAAGUGCUCAAACACUCCACUCGUACAUUGAAUCACCAAAAUGUUCGUUAGAAGUCUUACACGUCGACAAUGCAGAUAUUGACGAUCACGAGUGUGCAGCUUUCAUGACGGCAUUCGAAAAGAAUCAGUCGAUCAAGCGAUUGUGGAUGAGUCGCAAUUGUAUUGGGAAAGCCGAGACUUUAAAUGUCGUACAGCCAAACUUUAUCACCGGUGGCGAAGCAAUUGCAAAGAUGUUGCAUGUGAAUCCCGUGCUAAUGCAUCUCGAUUUGUCGUGGAAUUAUCUUCGUCUUGAAAGUAGCAUUGCACUUGCGAAUUCUUUACGUGAUAAUUGUACAUUAGUUGAGCUCAAACUUGCGUACAAUGCUUGUGCAGAUGCCGGUGCUAUGAUGUUUGGUGAAGCUCUACGAUUUAAUAAAAGUCUCCAGAUGCUUGAUUUGUCGUACAAUAGUAUUGGUGUCAAAGGUGCUAUGGUCUUGGCUAAUGCUAUUCGUAGUAACUGUACACUACGAACACUUCAGCUCAAUGGCAAUAAUCUUGGACGAGAAGGUGGACAAUUCUUUAUGGCAGCAUUGUGUGCGAAUCAAUCAGCAGUUGGAUGCAUCCUUGAGCUUCAUGCAUGUAACUUGGGUGCCAAUAUAUUGCCACUGGGUACUUCUAUUCCACUACUUUCUCAACGUUCGGACUUGACAGUUCAAAACCUUCCAGUAUAUGAUGCUAAAUCGACACGAGUUUUCAAUCCAAGAGAGCCUGCGGGUCGAUAUUUCCUUAAUUUGCGUGAACCGUAUGACAAAAUGAUUGCAAUGGAGCUCGUUCGGCUUGCAACAACCCGAAAAGGAUGUUGUUUUGUGCGAGUUACGUACAAAUCUUCAAAAGUAGCGAAAAAGAUCAUUACGUUGAUUAAAAAGGAGAAUCUUGUGGUUGAACAACAUCAAGGUGCCGGAGCACACCGUAGUGCAGAAAGUAGUGGUGAGGAAACUACUUUAGAAACGAGAGGACUUGAUGCCCUGUUUGCGAAUAUUGAUCGAGACAAAUCUGGAACUAUUGAUGUUGAUGAACUUAUGAUGGUUUUGAAUCAAAUUGGACUUAAUCCUCAACUUGAAAGUUUGACUAGAUUGCUCGAGAAAUCCGACUACAAUGGUUCAGGAUUUCUUGAAGAAGGCGAAUUUAGUGCUUUUUUUUUCCACGCUGUCUUUCAAAUGAUUGAUGAAGAUGACUCUGGUAAAAUUGAUGCUGAUGAGAUUGAAGAAGCGUUUAAGAUGUUAGGAAUCGAGAAUUAUGAUGAAAAAGAGAUUGCAGAUGCUAUUGCUACGUACGAUAUCAGUGGAGAUCAUGAAAUGGAGGAAUAUGAAUUUGUCGAAUUUAUGAAAGGUCAAUUGUUAGAACGCAUCAAAUGUAAAUUACUUGGACAAGAUAAAGACAAUCAUGAUCUUGAAAAUCAAGCUCUUGUUUAUCUCUUAGAUGCAUCAACCCAAAAGCCAUGGAUCAUUCCCGAAAAUGGGCAGUUGGAAAUUGAUUUUGUUUAUGAUCGUGAAUCAUUUGCUACGAGCGACGAAGCUUUUCGUCAAGGAAAAAUCUCACGCAUUGGUCUUAAACACUUAAUUCGAAAUAUCACUGAAGUAGCUACGUCGAAAGCAGAGCAAGAUGAUUUGUUUCAUGUUGCGAUGUAUGAUUCGGAGAUUCGAUUAAGUGCAGCUCAAGCUCAUGAAGUGCUUGAAGCAUGUCAUUAUUUGAAACCUGAAAGUAAGAAAAUUGAAGCAAUUGCGUUACUUUUACCUCAAAUGCUUACAGCAAAAGAAGCACAGAUUCUUGUAGCUCGGACGUUAACACUAAUGCAACGAUGUCGUUUAAAAGCUCGAAUGGGAAGUGCAUACUCUGUGGUGCUUGGAAAUCCAACUGCUCACUACUCGUUUGACUUGGCCAAGCACAAGGAUCGAAUUGCUUUAAACAAAUUAGCUGAAGUCGCACAAAGUGAAAAACUAUUCUCCAAACUUCGAUCCGGUCGUGCUGAUACGUCACAACAUGGUAAUUGGGAAAACUUUCGUAAUGAAGAAUUGGAUGGCCAUCGUCUUGUGCUCACUAAUACAUUUUUUCACUCCUUACCUUGUCGUGGAAAAUUAAGUUUUGAUUAUGUGAGUACUACACGUCCAAAGCGUGGUACGACGCAGAUUAGUGAUCGAAGAUUUGAUCAACUCAUUGAAGUACUUCAGAUCGAUGUCAUUCUUCCUGAUGCUUUGGGUACUCUUGGUCCUACUCGAGCUCAAAGAGCACGAGGAUUGCGACAACUCAAGCGUAUUGAUAGAGAGACAAUCAAAUCUAUUGAUCAUGAAGAAGGAAAAGCAGGACACGAUACACCUCAAGAACAAGCUGAAGUUUGGCUUAAAACACGCGCUUCGAUCUUUAAGCGUGGGUGGGAUUUUGUCGCCGACCACUCAUACACAUUUCGACUCACAGGUGCGACGAAGGAGAAUGUAGGGCUUAAACUUGUACAGAUUGAAUCAGCUAUUUGUGAUCGAUGGAUAUCAUGUGAUCAAGCUUCUAAGAUCAUUGCGUGUAUGCCAACAACAUUCCAUGCUCGACCUGAAACAGCUCGCAUUUUAUUCUCUAGACUCAUUGAUAUUCAUCACUUUUAUCGUCUUUUUGAUGCAAUGCCAAGACCAGAACAACAAAUUUGUGCGCAUACACUAGGAUGGCUUAAUAUUAUGAAUCCUGUGGUUCCAGAACGAUUUUAUGCAUUGAACUUGUCCGUUCAUGAUGAACGCGAAAUGACUAAAGUAUUAGUGGAAUUAGCUAUAGGUGAACCAGGCGAGAAUUGGCUCAAUCAAAGUUUUACACUCACACAGGGUGAACCUGGAAUUCCUGGAUGGAAAUUACCUGCUCGUUGGGAGGCAGGAGAGAAUAAAGAAGGUGGUGUGAAUCGGUUUGGAUUCUUAGAGAUGGAGUAUACAUCAAGGCAAGAUCAAGGUUGUGCGCCUGUGCCUUCGCUUCGAAAAGCACUUAUGAAACGCGUAUUAAGUGGAACUCGACUCUACUGCUUAUAA